UGGACUGCUUGCAUUGUUCUAAAGCAGCUGCUUCCAAUUAGCAAUUAGCUUUGUUACCCCGAGGAACAGUUAUAAACAGCUCCAGGAAGUCAUGGUCAGUAUCAGAGAUUCCUGUACAUCCUCUUCUGUGGUCAAAGGUAGCUGGUGUAAAAUGAGGGUGUUGUGGAUCUCUCUGCUCAUUGGAAGCAUCACCUGCUUUCCUCAACAAGGAGGCAGUGGUGUUCCUUCUCCCAUGUGGCUUCCACGUUCUGGACAAGCUCCAUCAAAGCCAGGCUAUGAGGAACCCUCUGAGCAAACUGGUGGUCAUGACAGUUCCAGCAGCUAUCCCUGGUUGUAUAGCAGCAACACUGCUGGAGGUCCUUCAGACAGUGGAAUCUUCCAGCCCAUGUGGUUCCCUGUAAUGCCAUCUGGACAGGAACCAUCCAAGCCAUCCCAUCAGAAGCCUACAGGACAGUCCAGCACUUAUGGCAGCUACAGUGGUCCCUACACUGCGGGGGGAGCCUACAGUUCCUCUGGCUCCCAGCAGUACGGUGCACCGAGCAGUCAGUCUGGAGGGGCUGAGCAGGAGAACUGGAGCUCUUCAUCUGAUGGUGACGAUGAGGAGGAGCCCGUCUUCACUCCAGUGAGCGAGGAGGAUCAGGUGUACGCUUUCAAGUCUCGUUCUCGCUACAACCAGAAACGGCUGCUGUUCAGUCAGUUCCGCUACACCCCAACAGAACCAUGGCAGCAUCAGGAUCCAGUGUUUCCACACACGGGCAAAACAUCUCAACACGGCAAAGGUCCAGUCAAAGGAGGCUACUGAAGAUCCCUGUGGUGAAGCUCCCAUCCCUGAGGAUAUGUGGUCUCUGUGUAGCUGUUGGCAAUUAAGGUCUAUUUCUCAAGUCCACAUCCUCAACAGGAGGUGCUUCUUGGUCUACAAAUAAAUGGUCAGAAAAAUCAA